UUGGUCCGCGGCCGCCGGCUGGAAACUUCGCCAUGUUUGCGAGAGCAGCUGCCGCUCUGUCUUGACGGGCGAGAAAAUCCGUAAAUCUGAGGGAGGUGCUUGACUCCUGUAUUUUUGGCAGUGCCAGUCUUACCGAGCAGGCUGUGUCUGAGAGACAUGGGAAAAUCACUUUCUCACCUGCCUAUGCACACAUGCAAGGAAGAUGGCUAUGAUGGAGGCACAGUGUCUGAUAAUAUGAGAAAUGGGUUAGUUCACUCAGAAUCGCACAACGAAGAUGGCAGAUGUGGAGAUGUAUCGCAGUUUCCCUACGUGGAAUUUACAGGAAGAGACAGUGUCACCUGCCCAACUUGCCAGGGAACAGGAAGAAUUCCACGAGGGCAGGAAAAUCAGCUGGUAGCCUUAAUUCCAUACAGUGAUCAGAGACUGAGGCCAAGAAGAACAAAGCUCUACGUGACUGCUUCUGUAAUUGUAUGUUUACUACUUUCUGGGCUGGCUGUAUUCUUCUUGUUUCCUCGCUCAAUUGACGUUGAAUACAUUGGUGUGAAGUCAGUAUAUGUCACUUAUGAACAGGGUAGACGUAUAAUAUAUCUAAAUAUUACGAACACACUAAAUAUAACGAACAACAACUAUUAUUCUGUUGAAGUGGCAAAUAUCACAGCCCAAGUUCAGUUUUCAAAAACAGUUAUUGGCAAAGCACGGCUAAACAACAUCACCAACAUUGGUCCUCUGGAUAUGAAACAGAUUGACUAUAUGGUGCCCACAGUCAUACAAGAUGAAAUGAGCUACAUGUUUGACUUCUGUACUUUAGUAUCUAUCAAAGUGCAUAACAUAGUAGUGAUGAUGCAAGUGACAGUGACAACCUCUUACUUUGGCCACUCUGAGCAGAUAUCCCAGGAGAGAUACCAGUAUGUGGACUGUGGAGGAAACACCACCUACCAGCUGGGCCAGUCAGAAUAUUUAAAUGUACUUCAGCCUCCGCAGUAAAAGCACCUGUUGGUUAGUGUGGAAUGACUGCUGUUGAUGCUUGCAGAGAUCCUUUGAAUAGGACUGGUACUAUGUGAAGGGGAGAGUAUGUGCAUGUAAAGCAUAGCGAACAUGGUGACCCGUUCACUUUAGAUGCAAGGAGGGAGAAGGUGCAAAAUGUAUAUAGAUGCACUUGUUAAAUGUUGUGUUUUCCCCUUCUGUUUGCUUUCUAUUACUGUAAGCACUUCUGUCAAGUUGUGUGGUGGGAGGGAGAGGGGGAAUAUCAGAUUCUUGAACUGAAAUGGGACCUUUCCUUACAGUGUGGUACAUCAACUUAGAGUAACUGUGUGUAUGUCUGUGUUUAGGUGAAAUGUGUCACUAAUGAGCAUUUUAGAAAAAUUGAUACUCAUAAAUUUUAAGUUUAUACUUCAGUUAUUGAUAUUUGACUAUUGAAACUGGCAGUAUUACUACUUAAGUAAACAAGAUUACUUUGAGGUAUCUGCGUGUGAAACUUCUGUUAGUAACCCAGUGGCCAUAGUUCUUUAUUUGGGGAUUCUACUUCUUGUUUGCUGUACAUGAUUAGAGGUGACAUGCAGUCUGUGAAAGCUAGGAAAGCUCUCUUGGAUGACACUAUACUUGAAUGUGCAACUCUAGAAUCUGGCAUCUUUUCAUUCAUACUGCCUCCUGCUACCUCUGGGAUGUUGUAAGGAGAAUGUAUGUUGUUAGAUUUAAAGUUGGAUUUAAAAACAAAACAAAAACCAACUCCCAGAAUCAUUACUGACAAAGGAAAAAUUCAAGACUGUAGAAAACGAAUGGGUAAAGACUUUGACAGUGUUUUUUCUCCUUUGUUUUUUAGUAAACUUUUGAGUACAGCUAUUAAAAUCAAGAUCGUGUAGUUGGAACUAGAUGGGAAACUAUUUGAGCCAUGGGUUUGGGCAGCUUGAUGUAAAUUUUCAUCAUUUUUAUUGUUUUAAUAUACUGUGUAUCUAAGCUACUUCUAAGUGUUAAUAUGUUGAGGUGUGUAUAUUUAGUGCGCAGGCUCAGUAGGCAAUGCAGUAGUUGCCUGAAUCUCCAGAGCACUCACAGUUCACAUCAAAGUUAUGUAAGUGAGAAUAAAGCAGUUCUUUCUGUAAGAGUAAAUGCUGAUGUAAUCAUGACUGACUUAUAACAAAGCUAUUAAAUAUUUUCAGUAGGAUAGUUUGCACAGUGAGAAUUUCUGGGGUUAUCAAAUGUGGUGAUUGUAAAUUUGGGGUCCAAAGUUGCUUGACUUCUGAAGGCUGACUGUUCUAAGGGUUAGGUACGAGACUUUUUUUUUAAUUAACUAGAUCAGGAUUGUUUUAUUUCUGAAUUAGAUAAGAUGCAGCUGUAAGAAGGUACUAUUGAGACUGUUGCAUUGUAAUGAACAAUAUAUUUUUUUAAAAUAGAUGUUGCGGUUUUUAUGCUGCCCAUCUCCUGGAAAUAAGCUAUAUAAAAUGAAUUGGCAAUAAACACUAUGGAAAAAGGCUGCUGAGUAACUUCUUGCAACUAACAAUCUCUUAUGCUCCAGUACUUCAGUGGAGGUGCAUGUCUAUAUUACACUUUUCUUUGUCAGCCUUUCUUAGGUGGACCUAACUGGGUGGGUGGGGAAAAGAAUAUUGAUGAUGUAAGGCUGAUUUAAAAGAAAUUAAGUAACCAUACAAAAAAAACUCUUCUCUCUUUGAAUUGCUAUAAGCACUUAUUCUGAAUGUCUAUGAAAAAUUUUGGAACCUAAACUGUCAGUUUCAUAUAGUUGUUGAUAAGAUGAAGAUGUCAGCCUUUGGCUUUGGAGAACUUCUAGAACUGGAAUAGUCAAUUCUGAUGACUUAUUGUAGUUACGUUCUGAAAAUUAUUCUUGAAUCUGGGCACUUAAAAGUAAACACUCUUUAUUACAGCUUACAAUCAUGGGGGAAACUAGUUCACAAUUGACUCUAGUCUUCCUAGAGUAUAGAUGAGGUUUAGUCCUGUGGCUGAUAAAAUACAUGCAGAAACUUGUGUGAUAGUCUGAAAAGAUACAGGUGAUAACUAAAGACCAGGAUAGUGGGGAGCUGGGUAGAAGCAGAGGGGUAAACUCUUCUAUGUUACCUGUUGUAGAAAGAUUUGCUUAUAUUGGAGAUUAGGGAGAGAAUUCUGCUUUAAAUCAUGCCAGAUCUGAAGUCAGCCAGCAAGUGAUAUGGAUUUUUUUCUGCUAGGCUGAAGUAUUUACAACUAGAGUGUUGGUUUUGUUUGUUUGGGGUUGUUUUUUUGUUUGUUUUUUUGUUGUAGAAAAAGAAGAAAACAUCUCUAGGCAGAUAUUUGUAUCAAUUUAAAAAAAAUUUUUCUUCAAAGGAUAAAAGCUAAUCUAAAGUAACUGAAUGGCACAAUGAUAAAAUUAUUUGGUGACAGUAAUGAAUGCCACUUGGAACAGGCAUGGUGGGGGGAGGUUACACUGUUACACAGUGUUGAGACUCAAACUGACCUUUGAAAGUCUGGCAGACAUGCUGAGCAAAAUACAUACCUAAAUCUGUUGGUCUUAUGUUGCAUGAAAUGAUUGGUAUUGGCUAAUUUAAAAUAAAGAAUUAUGAGUGGAAUUAUUCUUUCCAUGUAUGUGGCAGAAGGAGGAAGAUACAGCUCUUAAUGUCUGUCAUCUGGGAUUUCUAAUGGGUAUGAACUUUAACACCAUCAAUGUGUAGUAGACUUAUGGAAUGACUAAGAGUUCUCAUCUUAAAGGGUGGGGUAAAGAUCCUAUUGAUGAAUCCUCAAAUUAAGUCAGUUACAGGAGAAUCAAAGGCUUAAGAUUCUGCGUGUGCUUGUAUGUCCUUGCAAAACUGUCAGCAUUUUACUAACCAAACAAGGCAAGUAUUUGAAUUUAACUACUACUUUUAAUAUAAGAUCUGAUCAGAUAAGCAGGCAAGCAUCUGUUUGAAUACUUAACUUAGACUUCAUUUCUGUGGCUGAGCUUGGAAACAUGCGAAGGGAGCAAGGGAGGUCAGUAUUAACCUGUAUAACUUUGUAAACAAGGUAUGAGAAUAGAUCCAAGUGACAGAGCUGUAAUUAUUUCACAUUUUUUAUCUUGAUUUUUAAAAUAAAAAAGGCAAUCGUUUUGGUUCACUGUAAAUCAGUAAGUACAAAUUCUCUCCCAGAAGGUCAGCUUGAAGAAUUGUAAUUUUUUUCUGGUCUGUUUUCCUGUAUGUAAGAUGGUUUCUGAAGGACUUUUUCUGAAUUGAUUCAUAUUUCACUUGUAACUUCCCCACAAUCUUUGAAUACUAUCAAAUACAUAUAUACUGGCAUUGUAGUGUUGUGCUUCAAGGGAUUUAUUUCUAGUAUAAUUCUUGUCACUUGAGUUCUUUGUAGCAAUUCCUGUACCAAAACCUGUUGCACUUUAAAGUGGAAGCUCUGUUAGUUAUCUCUUAAAACAGUGGUCCAGAUGUUGUACUGUAAUGGCACAAUUGAAAAGCAAAAUUUAAUGUAUUCUGUAUAGAAUAACUGUAAAAUUUCAAAAUUACAACUUAAGGUAAAUUAAUAUGGAAUACUUAAAUGCAUAAAGAUGUUGGCUCUUUGGCCAUUCUGACCUGGACAACAAAAUUAUUUUACAUUUUAAAUAUGAUGCUUUAAAAAUAAAUGAAUGAAUAAAACCACCAAACGAACUCAAAGAUCUAACCAUCAAAUAUCCAUUUGGAGAGAUUUAAAGGGAAGCGCUCUUACUAAAAGAUGUAGUACCUGACGCUUACUCUUGAAUUCCUGGUGUGGGGAAAAGCCUAUAGAAGCUCAUUUAUAAUUUGUUCAUCAUUCAUCUUGAUAUUUAGGGGAUAGUUGCUGCUUAAUCUUUUAUAAAGACAAGCAUAACUAUCUUUUUCCUGUGUGGUAUAGCUUUGAAGUUCUUAGUGCACUUCUGAGGUGUGCAUGACCUUGAUAUUAACAUGGUGGUGUUUAUAUUUUGCAGCCUUAUGUUGGCAAACUUAAGUACAUGCUUCAGUUGACCUUGCUCCAAAUUGUCCUUGAAGUUCUGCAAGUGAAUAAAUUUUUUCAUAGUAGUACACUGCAAA